AUGAAGCGCAUGAGUAGAAUGCCCACAAGGAAGGCCCAUUCAUGGUGGUGGGACAGUCAUAUUAGUCCCAAAAACAACAAAUGGCUAGCUGAUAAUCUAGAAGAGAUGGAUAAGCAAGUUAAAGAGAUGCUGAAGCUCAUUGAGGAUGAAGGAGAUUCUUUUGCAAAGAAGGCUGAGAUGUAUUACCAAAGGCGUCCUUUGCUUGUCACCCAUGUUGAAAAUUUCUACCGCAUGUAUCGUGCUCUUGCUGAGCGUUAUGACAAUGUGACUGGGGAACUACGAAAAAACAUGCCAUCAUCUCUCAAAUCACAGGGCUCAGGUAUAUCUGAAUCUGACUCCGAGGCACAGUCUACUCCCGCAUCUCCUGAGUCUGAAAAGAAGACCUCAAAAGAGAAGGGUAAAAAGGGAAGUGAUGGAUCGUCAUCAUCUUCUUCUUCUGAUUCUGAUUCCGAGGUUGAUGAAGCGAACCAAGAGAAUGGCAAUGGGAUUACUCAUGCACUGAAUGAACGAGUUAUUGAGCUAGAAGAUGAGCUCAAGGAAGCAAUGGAGAAACUUGAGGCACUCGAGGAAAAGAAUAUGCUGUGCCAAUGUGAAAACCUUGAAGAGAAGUUGCUAGCUUCGCAAUCAGAAAUCAACAGCCUUCAGAAGGAUCUUGAAGAAAAGGUCCGUUCAUUGGAGAGUAUCAAAGAAAUUAGCAGUGAAAAGGAGGAUUUGGAAGCUGCAGUUCAGGAAAACAAGAACAAGUUCGAGGAAUUAAAAGGGGAAAUGGCCUUAGCAGCCAAGCAUCAUGAGGCCCAACUUUCAUAUCGUGACCUUGAAAUUGAGAAAUGCAAGCGGGAGCUUGAGGAAGUAUCUGAGAGGCAUACCUAUGAUAAGUCUAUUCUUGAGACUGAAAUCGGAGAUCUCCAAGAAGUGGUCAAGAACUUGGAAGGGAACUUGGCAAAACUGUCGGAAGAGAAGUUGCAGCUUGAGGCACAGGUUAUGGAGCUUGAACAAACAUCUCACAGCCUAGAUGAUUCAUCUGCUGAAAUUAAGAAGCUACAAAAGGUAAUCAAGGAUCUGCAAGCAAGACUGGAAAAUGAUUCAAAUGAGAAGAGAGUGCUCGAGGAACGUGCUAUCGAGUUUGAGCAAGUUCAUAGGGAGUUAGAGGAUUCGAGGGCUGAAACAGUGGAGCUACAAACUAGAAUUGAGAAACUCAAAGCUGAUCUGGAAGGAGCACUUCAAGAGAAAUCGAUGUUGGAGGGCUCUGUCAAGGAUCUGGAACAUGCCAUUGCUAGUAAGUUGGAGAAAUUCUCUCUUGAGAAGUCCUCUCUCGAUGCUGAGAUCCUACAACUGUCAGAAGCUAAUGCUUCUCUUGAAGACAAGUUGUCAUCCACAGAGGCGCAGCUUAAGCAACUUCAUGCCGAAAAGGCAGAAGCAUCUGUUGAGAGUGAGAAACUGAUCUCUGGAUUGAAGCAAGAUAUUGCCAAUCUUAAGACAGAGCUCGAGUUACUGUCCUCACAGAAAGCUGCAGUUGAUAAUAAGGUGUCUGGUUUGCUGAGUGAUCUCGCAACUUGUGAUGAAAAGAUGAAGGAGAUGGAUAGCCACUUGCAUCAGCUACACCUGGAGCAUGUGCAAGUGAUAGCAGAGGCAGAUGCCGCACGGAAGUCCGUGGCAGAACUGCGUGCACGGGUGCGUGAGCUCGAGGAAGAGGUUGAGAGGCAGAAGCUCAUGGCGUUCGACAGCGCAGCAAGUUCUGCAGGGCCACAAGAGGCCGAUGGUGAUGGCGACGUGAUCAGCCAACCAGCAGCUUGCUGGAUCCUUCUCUCUGGAUGCCUAAAAUCAGUAUGUCCAUGUAAUGUAAACAUCCCUUUCCCUUUCCCCUUUCUUCAUGUAGCUUCGGUCUACUCCUUAGUAGUCCUGGUAAAAGCUUGUGCUCUGUAG